CGUUUCAUCUCCAUGAACAGAGGCAUCAACAACGGAGAGGAUCUACCUAAUGACCUGCUUUCGAAACUGUAUGAGAGUAUUCGCAACGAGCCUUUCAAAAUCCCAGAGGAUGAUGGGAAUGAUCUGACCCACACGUUCUUCAACCCUGACAGAGAAGGCUGGCUCCUCAAACUUGGAGGACGGGUUAAGACAUGGAAGAGACGAUGGUUCAUCUUGACUGACAACUGCCUCUACUACUUUGAGUUCACCACUGAUAAAGAGCCCAGAGGCAUCAUCCCUCUAGAGAAUCUUUGUGUGAGAGAAGUACCAUAUCCUCGCAAACCGUACUGUCUGGAGCUGUAUAACCCCAACAGCCGAGGGCAGAAGAUCAAAGCGUGUAAAACUGAGACAGACGGCAGAGUGGUGGAGGGGAAACACCAGUCCUACACCAUCUGUGCUGCCAGCGCGGAGGAAAGAGACUCGUGGAUCGAGGCCAUCAGAGCGAGUAUCACCAAGGAUCCAUUCUACGACUUGGUCUCAGUUCGUAAGAGGAAGGUGAUAAAUCAAGCUCCUCAGGACUGAGCUGUCCAGCGCCCUCUAUGGACAUUUAUGGUACUGCACAACAGUGGGAUUCUGUCCCCCUAAAGUUGUUUUAAACUCAACAACCUGUAACACCACUGUGUGAUAACACUGGAGGCUAGACACUGACAGGGGUCGUUUGGUCUAAAAGAGGGACUUCUCUUUCCACUUCCUGUUUUACAGACUGAACAGAACAGUGUCAAAGGUGAAAAACAUUGACUCAUUUUUGUUGCUCUCACUGUCAGCCUGACAAGCCACAAAGAAAUUGUCGACAAAACGGUUUUGGACGAAGCUGAAUCUAUGUCAGCACAUGUUGUGCACUGAGCUGUGUGUGUAAAUUUGUGCUUUUGUUUACAGACUUUUUUUUUUUUUUUUUGUCAAGAUUUUUCUGGAAUCAGGAAGACAAAUUAAGCAUGUGAUGUCCCAGCACUUCUAUGUAUACUAUAAAAGGCAAGAUGUUUCUCAGCUUCCUAAGUUUUCAUAAGGAUCAAAAAUAGACAUUUACAAGUAAAGAAACAGUAAAUAGCUUUUUUUUAAAAAAGACAUCCAUGUGCUAUUGUCAUCUGACCACAGUUGUUAAUGCUUCAUUUUAUAAAUAUAUAUAUUGUUAAACAAUUGCAGGAUUUUUGUUGUUGUAAAAUUUCUACUACUUUAUAGAGUGAUAUAGAACAUUUGUUCUAAUCAGACCAAGCCAAGAAUUGUUUAAUGUCCUACCUACCUUUACAGCACAGUGCAAUAAGUGCAAUAUGCAUUCCUGCUUUAUUUGCAAUGUGUACACUGUAGUAUAUGAAAGAAGUGUUGUAGCUCAUUGUAAGUACUGUGUUUAUGUUCUCAUGAAAUAAUUAUUUAAUAAAAAGUAUUCAGGUGUGUGUUGACAUAUAA